AUGUCUCAAUUGAAAGAUCCAGCCAGCAUCACGAGUGAUGUCAAUCCGGAUGCGACGGUACUACAGCAUUUGCUGAACAAGUCGCGUGUCAUAACUUCUCCUGCUCUCGUUGUCACCAUGCCAGUCUCCAAACAUGGCUCAUUGGAGUCAACAGAGCCAUCAUUUCAGGUCAUUGUCCCAACGAUAGCGCAUCCUGAGCAAUAUGACUAUCUGCCAGGUCAUUUUGAGGCUCUCCGCAUUCUAGCAGUUGACAUGCACGAACCAAAGUUUAUUGUCAGACUCAAGAGCGGCGAGCGCACAACAAUGACCGCGGAAAAGUUGAUGCGGCUAUCGAACGGACCGCAGGUGAUUCGUGAGUUCAUUGAUGGCUCACAGAGCCCCGAUCCUUUAGCAAUGAACUUUGAGUCCAAAUCCAACCUCGCGGACGCCCAAGGAGACGCAACUCACGACUCUGGCGGGGAGCUAGAAACAACAAUUGGGCUUGCUCGGAACCGCCAGCGGCGACGCGGAGCCGCAAGCACCUCAUUCGCUCAUUUCUUUGACCCGAACACCAUAUUUGAAGAUGCUGUUGAAGAGUCUAGCAGCGAGGAAGAUGAAGAUUCUCCGGAGUCAACUGCAGAAUCAAGCAUCGAGCUUGGCUCUGACUCGGAGGAGGAAGUUCGGCCAAACACCCGCCGGCACCUGAAGAGAGGAGUGCGAAAGACAAGGUCGAACCUCCGCGAACUAUCCGAUGAUACUUUUGCUUCAAACCGAGCAACUCGAUCCUCAGCGCGCACGAGAAAAUCUACCCGGCACAAUCUGAGAGAGCGACUAGAAGAUGACGACCUUUCGGAAGUUGAAGUCGUGAAACCAAAACAGAAGUACUCUGGAGCCAAAGAACACUUCAUCGAACUGCCUGAAGAUGAUGCCUUCCGAGCAUCUCAUUCCGAGAACUGUUCUCAUUGUGGCAAGUGGGAGGAAGAAGACUCGGAAGAGGGUCCUUUGAUUUUCUGCCAAGGUUGUACUUCCUCUUAUCAUCGCGAUUGUCUGGGCAGUCGACGAAACAGGAAGCAUCUGGUGACCAAGAUCGCUCCCGGAAAUUUCAUCCUUCAAUGUGCCAAUUGUCUGGGGCUCAAGCACCAGAGCCAUGAUAUCCUACCUCAUUUGGGUCAAUGUGCCACCUGUGCAGAAGCUGGACCCAUGUCAAUGCCGUUGCGAAAGUCACACACCCCUCAAGAGGAACAACAAUUGCGCGAGCAAAAUGGGGGAAUAGAUCCGGUCACAGACGUGGACAUGUCUCGCGUGAACAACGUCGAGAAUGUUCUCAUAAGAUGUGUCCGCUGCAAGCGCGCUUCCCACGUUGAGCAUCUUCUGUCGGAUCAAUCGCAAGACCGUUCCGAUAUCAGCGCUGAGAGUUGGCGUUGUAUUGAGUGCCAUGAGGCUCCAUCCGAGACCAGUCCGAUCGAGGUGAUAGUCGCAUGGAGACCGAAGAACGCUGAUGUCAAGGUCAUUCCCCAACUGGUUGAGAUGCUUCCAGAGACCGAGAAGGAGUACCUGAUCAAAUGGGCCAAGAAGUCGUACUUCCGUGUCGCUUGGAUGCCCGGAGACUGGGUGUGGUGCAUGACUCCUUCCAGGAUGCUCAAAGCGUUCCUCGAAUCAGCCAAAUCAAACAACCCAAUCAUGACCACAGAGGAGGCUGUGCCUAAGGAAAACCUGCUUAUUGAUAUUCUGUUUGACGUCGAAUACAUCCGUGAACCGAAGUCCGCUAAAGAAAGGGCCAAGCCCGAGUUGGUCAAGAGCGCCUUCGUCAAGUUUCAAGGUUUGCCUUAUGAGGACACAGUGUGGGAGGAUCCACCUGAGCAAAGCAACGUCGAUCAAUGGAACGCUUUCAAAACCGCACUGGCUGACAAGGUGUAUGGAGAGAGCAUUGAAUUGCCAGACAUCAAAGCCCUCAAAAAGCGGCUCAAGGAAGCCCGUGCACAGAAUUUCGGAAAAAAAGUUGUUCUCGAAUCCCAGCCGAAGAUGCUGGUUGACGUAGAACUCAUGGACUACCAACUGGACGGAGUCAAUUGGCUCUAUUACAUGUUUUGGCAAAAGACGAACGCCAUUCUUGCUGACGAUAUGGGUCUCGGUAAAACUCUCCAGAUAAUCGGCCUGUUUGCGGCCCUCAUCGAGAACUUCGAGUGCUUCCCCUUUCUGGUCGUCGUUCCCAACUCCACUGUGCCCAACUGGCGCCGAGAAAUCAAGAGGUUUGCGCCAAAAGUGCGUGUCGUCACAUACUUUGGCAGUGCCUGGGCCCGCGGAAUGGCCGAGAGCCAUGAGAUGUUCCAAGAUGGCGAAUUGUGUUGCCAUGUCGUGAUUGCAUCUUAUGAAAGCAUGGCCGACCAGAGUUCCAGCGGAGUCCUUGGCAAAAUCCCGUGGGCUGGGCUAGUGGUUGAUGAAGGACAGCGUCUCAAGAACGACCAAAGUCUGCUCUACAACCGUCUGAAACGCAUGAAGUUUGGUUUCAAGGCUCUGCUCACAGGAACUCCUCUUCAAAACAACAUUCGAGAGUUGUUCAACCUGAUCCAGUUCAUCGAUCCGACGAAAGAUGCCGAGAAAUUGGAAGAGCGAUAUGGAGGAGAUCUCACCAAGGACGACAUUCGUGAACUCCACGACAUGAUCCGGCCAUGCUUUUUGCGCCGUACCAAGGGAGAGGUUCUGCCGUUCUUGCCUCCGAUGGUGCAAAUCAUCAUUCCGGUCACGAUGUCGGUUGUGCAAAAGAAACUGUACAAAUCGAUUCUUGAGAAGAAUCCCACGCUUAUCAAAGCCAUCUUGAAAAAGAAAACCGGGCAAGUGAAAAGCAAGGACAGGCAGAACUUGAACAACAUCUUGAUUCAGCUGCGCAAAUGUCUGUGUCAUCCGUUCGUGUACAAUCGGGACAUUGAGGAGCAAACUCUCGAUUCUGAGCUUGCCCAACAGCGUUUGGUGGAAGCUUCUGGGAAGCUUCAAUUGUUGAAAUUGAUGUUGCCUCAGCUUGAGCAAAGAGGCCAUCGGGUUCUCAUCUUCAGUCAAUUUUUGGAAAACCUCGAUAUUGUUGAGGAUUUCCUUGUUGGUCUCAAACUUGAGUAUUGCCGAUUGGACGGCCGGAUGAAUUCGAGCGAUAAACAGAAGCAGAUCGAUCGUUUCAAUGCGCCGGAUUCACCUGUCUUUGCGUUCCUGCUCUCGACGCGUUCGGGUGGUGUUGGAAUCAAUUUGGCCACUGCAGACACUGUCAUUAUCAUGGACCCGGACUUUAACCCCAAGCAAGACAUGCAAGCUUUGUCACGUGCUCAUCGCAUUGGUCAAAAGAAUGUCGUUCUGGUUUUCCAUCUGGUCGUGCGUGGGUCGGUAGAGGAAAAGAUCAUGCAGAAGGGCAAGACCAAGAUGGCGCUUGACCAUGUUCUUAUCGAUCGGAUUGAAGCAGAUGAAGACGAGGAAGAUCUAGAGUCGAUCCUCCAGCAUGGUGCUCAGGCUCUGUUUAAUAACGACGACUCGGCCGACAUCAAGUAUGAUGCUCAGUCCAUUAGCAAGCUGCUAGAUCGAAGUCAGGCAGAGAAGGCAGAGGAGAGUGCUCAAGAGGGUGAUGCAAACACCAAGAGUGAGGGCCAAUUCAACUUCGCGCGGGUGUGGCAGAUGGAUCGUGAUAGCCUCGAGGAAGUGGCUGAAACCGAAGAGGCACCAGUUGAUGUGUCAGCGUGGGAAAAUAUUCUCUUGGAACGUGAACGUGAAGCACAAGAGGAACUCAAUCGCAAAGCUGAAGGUCUGGGUCGUGGCAAACGCAAGCGUGCUACAAUCAGUUACAACACCAAAAUGCCGGCAGACGACGAUGACGACAACGAUGAGGCAGGUCCCAGCAGCCCUCUGAAGUCACCACCUGCAAAGAUGCAGAAGACCACUGCCGAUCAUGAGUACAGGCAACCCGAGGAUGAGGGAGAAGAAACCGAGUCAGAUCCUGAUGCCACUCUUGACGAUAACGUCGCUGAGCUGGAUGAAGACCCCAAUGCUUCUACGGAAGUUACCCAGCAGCCACCUACAGCACAAUACUACCCAGCCUGGUUCGAUCGUGCGCCGCGGCCUAUCUCGCCCCCUGUGUCUUCCCCUCCGCCCACCGACGGCAGCACUGAUAACUACCUGCGGCCCUGUGAAGCUUGCGGAAAACCCCAUUUGCGUCUCAACUGCCCCCUAUACCUUGCCGGGUUCGAACUCUGCGGCCUCUGCGGCAACGCCCAUUUCGCAGGAGGCCGUCGCAAUUGCCCCGCCAUGAGGUCGACUCACCAUUGUCGGAAGAUGAUAGAGGCGCUCGCUUUGAGCAACGAUGACCCCGUCCUGGUAGCCAAGGCGCGUCGGCUUGCCCAGGGCUACAUCGUCGGGAACAACGCUGUAGAGCGCCGCAGAGUCGCACGAGAGGCAGCGGCUGAAGCAGGCACUCAGACUUCGCCCGCUCCGUCCUCAUCCAAGCCAGCGGAGGAUAGUGGGGCCACUGAUCCAAGCCAGCUUCUUGAAUUGAUUUGA